UACUAUGAUGGUAACAUUCAGGUGUCCUUAGUCUCACUAAUUUUCUUAACUUGCUGUAAUCAGGCUUCCAAGUCUGUCAUUCCCUUGGAGGAGGCACUGGAUCUGGAAUGGGCAUGCUUCUCAUUUCAAAGAUCGGAGAGGAGUACCCUGAUCGGAUGAUGCUGACAUUUUUUGUCUUUCCCUCGCCCGAGGUGUCAGACACUGUUGUUGAGCCAUACAAUGCAACCAUGUCUGUCCAUCGGCUGGUUGAGAACGCUGAUGAAUGCAUGGUUCUUUGCAACGAAGCACUUUAUGACAUUUGCUUCCGAACUCUGAAGCUGACGACCCCUAGCUUUGGAGACUUGAACCACUUGAUCAGUGCAACGAUGAGCGGUGUCACUUGCUGCCUCUGCUUCCUAGGACAGCUGAACUAUGACAUGCACAAGCUUGCAGUCAACCUGAUCUCGUUCCCUCGGCUCUACUUCUUCAUGAUCGGCUUUGCGCCACUCACCUCGCGUGGCUCGCAGCAGUACCGUGCGCUCACCGUCUCUGAGCUAACCCAGCAGAUGUGGGAUGCCAAGAACAUGAUGUGUGUUGCUAACCCACGCCUCUGCCAUGUUCCACAGCCUCUGCCAUGUUCCGUGGGUCAGCCUCUGCCAUGAUGUGUGGGUCGCU